UCACGACAAAAGAGUCAUCAUAACCACAUUCUUUUUUGAGGAAAACUCAUCCUAACCACAUUUAAGACAUGAUAACUUGUAAUUGACUUAUGUUACCAUACUUUCCUUUCGUUUGUUGUAAACUCAGUUUAAUCACUGUAAUUUCAGCAAUUUCCAAAAAAAAAAAAAAAAAAAAAACUUACAAACAAAUUAUACAAGCUUUGGUGUGUGAAGAUAGUAUUUGAAAAAUGGAAGUGUAAAGAUAAACUAAUACUCCGUACUUUUAAAAACAGGUUUACUCUAAACCUUUAAAAGGUCUGCCAUACCCCUUAAUUGGACGAUCAUAUAAAGACUCAGCCCAUUUAUUUAUUAGACGGAUCUAACCAAUUAAUAACUGUGGCGGGUCAUGGGUCAUGGCUUUUAAUAGGGAUCCAAGGCGUCCAACCCAUUGAAUUGCUCUAUUGAAGCGCAGUAGCCGUUCUCCAUUGAAGCGCAGUUGCCGUUCUCCGUUGAAUCUAGUUCUUAUAUCCCCCAUUGAAGCAGCUUCUGAGCAACUGAAGCCAUUGAAGAAAAAUAAUUAGCAAGAGAGAAAAUAAAUAGCCAUUGAAGAUGACUCUUCUUUCUCUUUCAAGCGAAUUUUGCAGCGGUUGUUGUCACACUAAUGGUUGGAAUUCGUUGAGCUUUUUAUCUACUCUUCCGAAUUCUAAUUAUAAACACAUUAUCCCUCCUCGUCGCAAGCUCAAUUACAGGAAAUUCCCUCAGACCUGUUCUGCUUCUGCUACCACUGAUCCGCUCUUGGUUCAGGCUGCGAGAGGACAUUCUGUUAGCCGUCCCCCAGCAUGGAUGAUGCGCCAGGCAGGAAGGUAUAUGGCUGUUUACAGAAAGCUCGCAGAGAAAUACCCAUCCUUUAGAGAGAGAUCAGAGACAACUGAUCUUAUUGUGAAAAUUUCCUUGCAGCCUUGGGAAGCAUUUCACCCUGAUGGGGUUAUAAUAUUUUCUGACAUACUCACCCCUCUCCCUGCUUUUGGGGUACCUUUUGACAUAGAAGAAGUCAGAGGCCCUGUCAUCCAGUCACCUAUUCGUGAUGAAGAUGCCUUGAAAACAUUGCAUCCAAUUGACUUGGAAAAACUUAACUUUGUUGGCGAAUCUCUUAACAUUUUGCGCCAUGAGGUUGGUGACAAGGCAGCCGUUCUGGGAUUUGUGGGUGCACCUUGGACUAUAGCAACAUACAUAGUGGAAGGGGGUACUACUCGCACCUACACCACGAUAAAAAGUAUGUGCCAUACAUCGCCUCAUGUCCUGGAGACUCUUCUGUCACACAUAACGGAGGCAAUUACUGAAUACGUGGUUUACCAAGUUAAGUCUGGAGCUCACUGUAUUCAAAUAUUUGAUUCAUGGGGUGGACAACUACCACCACAUAUGUGGGAACGCUGGUCUAAGCCUUACAUCAAACAGGUAGUAGAUGCAGUGAGGAAAAAAUGCCCUGAAACACCACUUGUUUUCUACAUCAAUGGAAAUGGCGGCCUCCUUGAAAGGAUGAAAGAUACUGGAGUCGAUGUGAUUGGGCUGGACUGGACAGUAGAUAUGGCCGAUGGGAGGUCACGAUUGGGUCCAGAAAUCAGUGUACAGGGGAAUGUUGACCCUGCUUGUUUAUUUUCUCCUCUUGCAGCCUUGACAGAUGAAAUCCAUAGAGUAGUGAAAUGUGCAGGGCCGAGGGGUCACAUCUUAAAUCUUGGUCAUGGCGUUCUUGUGGGAACACCAGAAGAAGCUGUUGCCCACUUUUUCGAUGUUGCAAAAAGCUUUAAGUUUGACUGAGUUAUUUGCACAACAGAAGAGCCUAAAUUAGUAAUUUGAGGGAAAAAAUGAUUCAACAUACUCGUAGUUAACAAUUUUUGGUAAGAGUCAACUGAUUUAUGGAGGGCUGUUGGCCUGUUGCUGUAUGUUGUUUGUUGUAUGAUGAAGUUUACAGGCUGCAUAUCUUAAACUCUGACCAAGUUCUGAUUUUUGUAAAUGUUAAUGCUGAGGAAAUAAGUUGUUUGUAAUCAAGUUCCAGCUAAAUAAAACUGUUUAUGUCAA